CGGGGCGGAGCGUGGCCGGGAGCCCUGAGGCCGGCAGGCGAUACCAUGCCCUCCGCACAGUGACCCGGUGACAGGCCCAAACCGCCAGGAAGCAGACCGGGAGCCGGGGAGGGGGCGGGGCGGGAGCCGGGGCGUCCACCUGUGUGUGCACGCCUCUGCCCCGCUGCUCCCUGUAGAAACGUCCGGACGCAUGCACAGGCCGCGACUGUCCCCAGCCUCGACCCAGCUGUCCCCCGGCUGGAGCAGCUUCCACAGGUCGUCCCAUACACCCGCGAUCCGUCUGCCGAGGGUGCGAACAAGUGCGGAGCCGACUCCUUCAGUGUUGGGUCCGGCCAGGCAAGUGCUGACCUUCAGCUGUGUUUCUGCUGCCCACGGGGCACACGCGUGGACAGAUAAUUCAGGUCAGACACGGGCUACGGUGCAGGCCCGGGAGAAAACCCCGUCCCUCGGGCCCAUCAGCAGAGCGAGGCUCGCUCGCGGUCAGGCGGCUUCAACAGCACCAGCGGAACUGGGGAGAGCUUGUCUGUGUGGUAUUUCCCACAGACCCGUCGGUGGUGUUCUAAAAUACAGGAUUCAGUUUUGUCGAGGAAAUGCAAAAAAUUGGGCAAGUCGGAAAGGGCACAGCAGGAGUCCACACCGCAGCCUCUGGGCCCUGGGCUGGGCAGCUCCCGCUGAGAAGGGGACGGAGGGGUUUUCUCUGCGGUAAGGAAGGAAGGCGAUCCCUCCAGGCUCUGCUGCCCAGAAGGACCCUGGGCCCAGACAGCCCCAAGCUCUGAAAGUGCAGCCCCCCACGCUGCAUCCUUCUCGCGGAAUGCGCUCCCCCAAUUACUGACCCACACAGUUUCCUCUCAAGGGGAGACUUUCCGUUCUCAGGCUUCCCAACCCCAAACCGGCCAGAGGGAGAUUGGACAGUGUGCGUGGACAUACACCGACCUCAGUCUCACCAUCGUCUUUUCUGCUAUUUUUAUCAGAAUCUGUCACUUCCACAUUAA